AUGUCUAACGCGCCUCUCAACGGCGUCAAGCUCAACCCGCUCGAUGAUCCCAACAAGGUGAUCAAGGUGCUUGCCUCGGACGGCAAGACCGCCGAGCAGCGAGAAAUCGCCUACACCAACUGCAAGGUCAUCGGAAACGGAAGCUUCGGUGUCGUUUUCCAGGCAAAGCUUGUCUCACCACAAGGCUCAGAAGCCGCCGAGGGCUCAAGCAAAGAGAGCGACGAGGUGGCCAUCAAGAAGGUCUUGCAGGACAAGCGUUUCAAGAACCGUGAACUCCAGAUCAUGCGCAUCGUCAAGCACCCUAACGUCUGCGAGCUUAAGGCUUUCUUCUACUCGAACGGCGACAAGAAGGACGAGGUCUUCCUUAACCUCGUUCUUGAAUACGUCCCAGAGACCGUCUACCGCGCCUCGCGUCACUACGUCAAGCUCAAGCAGACCAUGCCCAUGCUGCUCAUCAAGCUCUACAUGUAUCAGGUGCUCCGCAGUUUGGCCUACAUCCACUCGAUCGGGAUCUGUCACCGAGACAUCAAGCCCCAAAACUUGCUUCUCGACCCUUCUGCCGGCGUGCUCAAGCUCUGUGAUUUCGGUUCGGCGAAAAUUUUGAUCGCAGGCGAGCCCAAUGUCAGCUACAUUUGCUCGAGAUACUACCGAGCUCCUGAGCUCAUCUUUGGUGCCACCAACUACACCACCAACAUUGACAUCUGGUCCACGGGCUGUGUCAUGGCCGAGCUCAUGCAAGGGCAGCCUCUCUUCCCCGGUGAGAGCGGCAUCGACCAGCUCGUCGAGAUCAUCAAGGUGCUCGGUACCCCCUCGCGAGAGCAGAUCAAGACCAUGAACCCCAACUACAUGGAGCACAAGUUCCCGCAGAUCCGACCGCACCCCUUCUCCAAGGUUUUCCGCCCGCGCACACCCCCCGAUGCCAUCGAUCUCAUCUCGCGACUGCUCGAAUACACGCCGAGCGCGCGUCUCACCGCCAUCGAGGCGCUCUGCCACCCCUUCUUUGACGAGCUUCGAACCGGCGAGGCCCGCAUGCCCAACGGUCGCGAGUUGCCACCCCUGUUCAACUGGACCAAGGAGGAGCUUUCCGUUCGACCCGAUCUCAUCUCGCGCCUCGUGCCUCAGCAUGCCGAAGCAGAGCUGCUCUCCCGUGGCAUUGAUGUGCACAACUUCCAGCCCAUCCCGCUUGAGUCGCUCAAGGUCACCCUUGAUUAA